UCCAUAAACAACUAAAUGAUCCAAUUUCUCCAACAAUAUCGGCAUACAUCGCAAAUCCUAGCGUGCAGCGCGGUGUCCGAAUGCAAGCAUUACGUCAUUCGCGAUAACAGGCCAGUAUUCCUGCCGCGACGCGCCUCCACUGGGCUUCAGUCCUCGGCGAGACCUCGUCCGUACCACACGUACCGUGCCACACGCGCCAACAUGUCGACCAAAGUAGAAUCCCCUGCUGUCUGCAACAGCUGCAACUCAGUGAUCAAUGGAAGGAUAGUAACAGCGCUGAACAAGAAGUGGCACCCUGAACACUUCACCUGCAACACAUGCCGCAAGCCCAUCGAUGGUGCCAAGUUCCACCAGCACGAUGGUGGAGUCCACUGCGUGCCAUGCUUCGCCGCCCACCAUAGUCCCAGGUGCCAUGGGUGCGGCGAGCCCAUCACUGACCGCGUGAUCCAAGCUCUGGGAGUGUCAUGGCACGCUCACCACUUCGUCUGCGGAGGAUGCAAGAAGGAGCUCGGUGGUGGCGGUUUCAUGGAACAGGCUGGCCGACCAUACUGCUCAGCCUGCUACGCUGACAAGUUCGCAGCCCGCUGCAACGGCUGCGGCAGCCCCAUCACCGACAAGGCCAUCAUUGCGCUGGACGCCAAGUGGCACCGCGACUGCUUCACUUGCAUGAAAUGCAGAAAUCCAGUGACCGACGCCACUUUCUCUGUCAUGGACAACAAACCACUUUGCGGCAAAUGCGCCUAAACGCACACAUUGACAUCAAACGCACACACACAAUUAUAUUCACACACCCAUCGAGUAGCCAGGAGUAUGGUACCGACUACCGUAGCUUAUCGAUACGUUUGCUUCUCAAAGAUUGAAAGAUUUACAAAGGGAAUAUUCUUGAUUAGUAAUUGAUUUGAAAUAUUGUCAAGAGUCAAUCAUUGUCAGUAAAUUGUCAUAAAUCAAGUAGAAUGAUGUAUUUCAUCUGUAUAAUUUAUUCUCGGAAUAUCUUGGCAUGUUUAUUAUUCCUUAAUCCAUUUUAAGAGCAAUGUUUCAACAAACUUACGAUCUUUGAGAGCAAACAUUAGAAUGCUAAAAUAAAUAUAAUAAUAAAUUAGUUUUACGAUGUUACAAAGAUUACAAAACGAUACAGCAGUUAUAUGACAGUAUUUUUAAGUAAUUACAUUUUGUUUCUUAAAGAUUAUAUUAAGGAAUGUAUGUUGAAGUCAUGCUGAACAACUUUUACGACGUAAAGUGUUGUUGUAGCAUUUUCCGAUGUUGAGUCACCGCGGCCAUAUUGUAACAAGUAGUGCCAUCUAGUGGCAUACACUUAAACAAGUAAUGGUCGCUAGUUUUACACGUUAUUUGCGCUAUGACUGCACAUACUAUGCUACUUUAAAUAUAAGUUUUAAACGUUAAUUUAAACUUUGAAAAUUGUUGUAAAUAAUCGUAAUUAAAUUAUGAAAAAGUCACUGUGAUGCUUUUGGGCUUUCGAUUGUAUUUAUUCAAUUUAUUCAUUACCUACUUAUUAUAAUAUUUACACAAUUUAACUAAAAUGUUAAAAUGAGCUAGAUUAUAUUUUAUACGCUUUUCCAAAAUGGUUAUUUUUUCCAAUAAAUUAUUUUGUUUUUGACAAC